AGCUGGUGUGGGCAGAGAGCYGGGGCCAGGACAGGAUAGACAGUAGUAGUAAGAAAGGUGGGGAGCUUAACAACAAAGUAUUUGGUUGUUAUCUUUAAUGGAGGAGGCUGGGGAGGUGGAUUUCCCCCCUUUAGAACAAGAAGGGGAUGUCACAAUGGCGGUUUGGAUGCCACCGGAAAGGUUCAGAUCAGGUAUUUACAAUGUAGUAAGAUUCAGUAGGAAAUCUAGGUGAUAAUCUGCAGAACCAAAGUGUAAGUUUGUACUGUGUAUGGAAAAAAUGUUUUGAAAAUUAUUGGUUUUCUUGAUGACUCUGUCUUUGUGAUUAUCUCGUAAUUUAUUUAUAAUAUUAUGAUAAUACUAUUACUAUUCUCAAACSAUACAUUAAUACUAGUCAAAAACAAAUAUUAUUCAGAUUCCUGACGGAUCUUCAAAACGCUUCAAACGGUCCACACAACUCAUUCAUCUUCUUUCACAGCAAGCUUGAGCUUCAGCGCAUUGGCAUCGUGGAGACGUGGUUUCGCAGUCCAAAUCACAGUCACAAUAUUCACUCUCGAUCUGUCCUGGGCAUGUUACUCGGGUGUCGAUUCCAGAGGCUGGUGCGGCCUGUGCUUGUGCAGGAACUGCAGGAAUGGCUACCGUUUGUGGUACAGGAAUCUCUGGUGGUGCAUUGAGAAGGUAUCGAACGGACAGAUCCAUCCUCAUUUCGUAUCCAACAACGUUGCCGAGGAAGAGGGAGCCAUCCUUAAAAAUACGGGCGGGGAUAAUGGAUUCAUCGAUACCUACUGGCCAAAGCUUAACAGUACCUGCAGCCCCAUUGAAUUCGCCAGUUCCGCCGAGAACGUUCAAUUCGGACACUCCCUGUGGCACAGUAGAACCUUCAGCUGUGAUGGACGCAWAAACUGUAAUUGCACCAUCUUGAAGGUCGAAGAACUCGUAGGURAAGUGACAGAAUCCAGUUUGGUCUUGGAACGUAUUUUCACAGAAACCUUGCGCAAGUCCCUGAAUAGGCAAGUCGUUGAUUCCGAAGAUAGGCUGCAAUGGAACGUUAGCGUACAACCACUUGUUGCCACUAGCUCCACGUUGUGGGUUCAUAAUGUUCGCAUAAAUCGGUUCGGCACUACUGAAUCGAUUGUCCUGGUAGUACUCAACGGUGACAAUCUCUUCAGAGAUGACAGUGUCAUCGUCAUAGCUUUGCCUAAAAAGCAACCAGCAUAGCAAGAAAAAAUGUGAGUCUCCUUCAAACAAAAAUCAGAUUGUGGUGAUGAAGUUUAAUGUUUGCGGGUUUUCAGAUUUUACUCACAGCGAUCGAUCAUUUUGGUUCUUGCUAUCAUUUUCACUUUCGAAACGUAAAACGCCCUGAUCAUGUAACUUUCGGAUGCCUCCGCUCGCGACGUCAGGYGAUACCUCCUUCGCAACAUAAUUUUCAGAGUCGACAUCAGCCAUCUCCACUCUCGCGUGUACGCCCAUCGACAUAGUCUGGACAGCGAUGAAAACUGCCGCAGCAGCGUCAAGCAUAAAAGAGGUUCUCAUGAUGGUCCGUUUGAUUAUUCUGAAUGUAUGAUGAGUCGGUUCCAAUGACUUCGGCUUGCAGAUUUACUUGUCACUUGUUGGUAAUUUUUUUUGUGUGACUUGCUAGUUGUGAUUGUUGCGAUUCGAUCAGUGAGACGUGAAAUCAUACGUGCGCAUGUAUUUUGCGGUCACGUUAACCGUUGAGCAAAUUUUCCCUUAAAAAAUAUUGUGAGCAGAUCCAUGGCGCAUUCUAUAACUGCAGUGCGCGCAAAGRGAGAGCCGAACUAUAUUUUUUGUAAUUAUUAAUUAUAAUUGCCUCAACGCAAGGUGCGCGAUAGGAAAACUACAACUCCGGUUUUUGAUGAAAUUCUUCGGCUUAAGUAGGUGCGCCAAACCCAACGGUUGAAUCAAAAUCCAGCUGACGGGUUAGUAGAAUACAAUAAUUUUAUAUUUUUUGCCAUUCUGAUGAMUUGCCGAGACUGGUCCACUUAACUACACUCCGAUCGAUGAACAAAUUCGAUAAGCCAAUGUAGUCAGUCUACAGGUAUGUUGUUCAAGUGCCGUUGUUGCAUAUUUAGGAAGUUAUAAUAAUGUUCAGAUUUCAGACAUGAACUUUUUCCAACCAGCCUUGGUAAAUCAUUGGUACAURAUCGCUUUAAUAUUAUAAUUAUACUUUUAUUAGACAUUUAAUGCACUAGAAGGAUACUUUGCACAAGAGAUUUCCUUUUUAUCUCACUCUUGCAGGAUUACGUAGUAGAUAGACUUCUUUCCCAGACAUCUGAGAGUAUCAAGACAUUUCCAAAUCAACAGAAUCCAUGAACACAAACAUCUUCACCAUGUACGAUGAUGGCAAGUCAAGCUGGUCAUCAGGAAUAAAGACAGGGGGGACUCCGUUACGGAGACGUCCUGACUCGAGGACAACAGUACCGACUGUUCUUUUGAAKGGUCCACUACCUCCAGUGAUCGCCAAGGUGUGAACGUCUCCCUUGCUAAUUGGACCCUCCACGGAAAGAGAAGCCUCAACUUGGCCCCGCCCAUCCAGGAAACGAUAAUCGAAUUGGCAGUAUGCUCGUCCUAUGUACUGWAGUUUCGGAUCARUUCUUAUGCACGAMCCGGACACAACAGCGACUUUGUCCUGUUCAUUGAUCAAGUAAGCACCCCUGCUUCCACCUGGGGGUACAUCAAAGACCACGUUGUACAGAGGCUCAUUGUUGUACAAGUAUUGAGUUCCUGCAUUCAAAUAYGAAGAGUCUGGGCCAAGUCUAAUAGGAUCUUGAAUGCGUCUAGAGUCUUGGAAUGCUUCCAACACCAUGGAAACUUUUUCUGGAAUACCAACUCUGCCACGAUAGGCAGCUCCACYACCUAAUACUAAGCUUCCAGCACCCACAGCGCCUUCACCAMCCGCGCCGUUUUCGUACCCGCCAUUAUAGUASSCGCCAUUAUAGUAGKCACCRUUAUAGGGGCCGYUGUAACCACCACCGUUGUAACCRUAAUCGUAGCCGUCGCUGUAGCCUCCAUUAAAGCCUCCAUUAUAAU